AUCUUAGUCCUGAAUUCUAUUUUAAUCUCCUUUUUUUCUGACUAACAGGCUUUCUUUCCAAGACAGAUGUCUGGCAAUAACUGCACUACUGUGACUGAAUUCAUUCUUUUGGGCUUAACAGAUGAUCCAACCCUUCGUGUCAUCCUCUUUGUGAUGUUUCUAGGUGUCUAUGCUGUCACCUUAAUUAGUAACCUUAGCAUAAUCACAUUGAUCAGAAAUAGCUCUCAGCUUCACAUUCCAAUGUAUCUUUUCCUCAGUCACUUGGCAUUUGUGGAUAUUGGAUAUUCCUCAUCUGUCACACCUGUUAUGCUCAAAAACUUCCUUGUGGACAAAACUAUAAUCCCUCCUGAAGGCUGUGUGGUCCAACUGUUCUUUGUAGUCAGCUUUGGGAGCGCUGAGUGCUUCCUGCUGGCUGUGAUGGCCUAUGAUCGGUAUUUGGCCAUCUCUAACCCUCUACACUACUCCACCAAAAUGUCUGCUAGGGUCUGCACACUGUUCCUCAUCACAUCCUACCUGGGUGGUUGUGUAAAUGCUUGGAUAUUUACUUGUUGCUUAUUGAAUCUGUCCUUCUGUGGACCCAAUAAGAUCAAUCACUUUUUCUGUGAUUAUUCACCACUUUUGAAGCUUUCCUACUCCCAAGAUGAUGUUGCUGAAAUUCUUCCUUCUGCCUCUGCUGGGUCAAUAAUUAUGAUCACAAUGUUAAUUAUCAUAAUCACUUAUGUAUACAUCCUCUCCUGUGUCCUGAAGAUAAGGUCCACUGAAGGGAGAUCAAAAGCUUUCUCAACUUGCACCUCCCACCUCACAGCAGUCCUUCUCUUCUAUGGCACCAUUACAUUCAUUUAUGUGAUACCUAAGUCCAGAUACUCAACAGAUGAAAAUAAAGUAGUGUCUGUUUUCUACAUGGUAAUGAUUCCCAUGUUGAACCCCCUGAUUUACAGUCUAAGGAACAAUGAAGUAAAAGGGGCCUUGCAAAAACUGUUGCCUAGGAAAUAUCCUUUUUCAUGA